AGCAUGUGGUGACUUUCCGUAUGGCUAAUGCCGCUCUAGCCUCUCCUUCCCCUCCUCUCGCCAUCUCCUCCAGAUCUCAUCCCUCCCCUUGAUCCCCUUCCCUCUCCGGUCCUCUCCCCUUGCCAUCCCCUCACUCUCCCUCCGCCUCUCCUUCACUCCUUUUCUUCUACCCUCCCCUAGCGUCUCUCAAUCCUAGAUCUUCUCUUAUCUACGCUGCAGGUCUCCUCUUUUGCUGGUUCGUGAUGGAAGGAAAAGAAAAUCAAGGAGAAGAGCAGUCAGCUGAUCCAGUGAAAGACAUAGGAGAGAGAGCUCACCAAUUUCGGUCUGCAUCAUAUGCAGAUUUGAGGAUAGAUGAGCAGGCUCAAAGAUCCAUGGCAGUCCCCUCGCUGGAAUUUAACCUCCAAGCGCUCUUCAUCAAUGAGCCAGAGGUCGUUCGGAUUAAGGCGGAGCAAGAAAUUCAAGAACAAGGAGCAGAUGCAGAGUUCAAUGUUCUCAUGACCCUUGCGUCUACAGGAGGACCUCCCCGGGUCCUUUCUUUACAGGCGGUGCAGCAGUCCAUGGCUAGAGCGUGGAGAAAUAAUUAUUAUGGAAUUUCACAGCUUUCAAAGUACAUCUUCGUUGCCCAUUUUCAAUCACUUGAGGCUGUGAUGUUUGUGAUUACUCGGCAGCCAUGGAGCAUGGGAUCAGACAACUUUUUGUUAGAAUGGAUGGAUCCAGAGGAUGAGAAUAAAAGGAUAGAGGAUUAUCAAUUCAAAACAAUCUACGUUACAGUCAGAGUUUAUGGAAUACCUAGAAAGUUUAGAUCUAAAGCUAUGCUAUCCAGCAUACUUGAGAGUAUAGGUGAGAUAUCUGAAUUCCAUCCAAUAAAUCAAAGUAUGAUUUUAGCCAGGCAGGAAUACAUUUGGGGUACAAUAAAAGUUCAGGUAAACAAGUCAGUCAGAGACAAGGUAUGGGUCACUUUCAAUACGGAUUUAUCAGCCUGGGCAUAUCUGUUUUACGAAAGAAUAGGUAGAAUUUGUACUUUUUGUGGUGUCAUGUUUCACAGUGUGCAACAUUGCAAGAUCAGAAACAAUAUCCUUAUGUCAAGGAGAAGAAUUCAGAUUUCACCAGAAGAUAUUGAGCCUAACAGAUAUGGAGAGUGGAUGACAAAUGCAGAGUUAAUCCCUCAAAAUUUAGUGCAGAAUGCAGAGCACAAUGCACAUAAUUUCUCUUCUUUUCGGAAUCCGCAAUUGGCAAGGUUACAACGUCAAUUUGUUGAAGAGUCAAAGGGAAAAGGGAAAGCUGUUCACCAAUCUUAUCCAUCUAUACAUGAGCCAAAGGAGAUGUCCAUUAGAAAGAUCAAUGAGCAAUUCAGAAGGCUGGAAUCAGGUCCCUCAUUACAACCUACAUGCAGCGGGUCUCCUUACAGGUUGCAAGAUCGUGCUGGUCUUUCUCUUAAUUCCACUCAGUGCUUGCAACAGAGUCAAAGUGGUGCAUUACAAGCAGUGAAUGUACUUGGUCAACAAUUAUCAGUUGUGGUUAAUAAAGAAAAAGCAUCUAGUCAGACAAAUAUUGAGGGUACCACACAAGUUGAAACCGGAAGAGCUCCACUUCACCCUAUAAAUUUUUCUGUUCCAGUGACCCAAGAGUUGCAACAUGUUCCAGGCAGAGACCUCGGUUUUAAUAACGCUCCAGGAGCCAAUCCUUUUAUUUCUCAUGAUUCACCUCCUGUUACUGUUAGAUCCAGUCCCAAAAGGCCGGGGGAUUCAAUUCUUGGAGCGCCUCCACCCCCAGCUAAAAAACAGCCUCUAUCCUAUGAGUUGCAAGGAGAUGAGCAGCCAGAUGUAUCGACUGUUAUUGCAACUGAGGGCAUCCCCAUGCUUCAGGAUGGACAGGGUUCAGGCUUACUUGGUGCUCCACCUGUUGGAUUACCUCUUAUUGGCCAAGCAUCUUCACUGGGUGCUUUGGGUGCCACAAUAGCUGCGACUUGCAUCAGCGAUGUUGUUCCUACAGGGCAGCCAGUUUCUGAAGGAGCUGCGGUUUCUCUCACUGCCUCCCUUCCCAGACCUAUUGAAGCUGAGAGGAGCCAGAAUAGACAAAAAAGUAGUCGUUGGGACAUUCCUCCUGCGAAGGGAUCUGGGGAUACACGUUCCCAUCUCCAUGAGUCUCUUCGCCCUCGGCCUACUACUUACCUUCCGAAGCGUCACCAUGGUGCCCAUUAUAUGAGUAAUACUCAUUGCCUGCGUAGAAACAGGGGUAUACCUGUUAAAGACAGGGAUUUCACCUCCUCUGCUUAUAUGACUGCAUCACCUCUGCAGUUUGCUGAAGAGACUGGAGCUAGUUAUGAGCCGUGGCCCAUUAGCACGUCUUCCCCGACAAAUAGUGCGGGCACAGUCUAUUCUCAUCAAGCUGCAUCGGAAACACACAGUGACUCUAAAACCGUUAGCAAAGGAAAUACUCUGGAUCACACACAAGUUCAAGGUGGAGACACUAUGGAAGUUGAUCGUCACUUAGAUCAGACCAUAAACUGUGCUAUGGAUCGGGCAGCGGCGCAUGGCCCUAACGCGCCUCGGGUGCCAUGAAAGCCAUUGCUUGGAAUUGCCGAGGUAUGGGCCGGGGCCUUGGCAAUGAUCGUAUGAUGUUCCUGGCCAAUCUCAUCCGCUCCACUAAAGCUCAGCAUUGUAGUUCCUUCGCGAGGGUCGUCGGGAGGCCUUUGGCUGAUGUGGACAGAUGAGCUCAAGGUUUCUGUUUAUAGCGCUUCGUUCCAUGCUAUCCUAGCGAAUGUAGUUCAUGUAGCUUCAGGUGUAGAGUUUUGUUUGGUCUGUAUAUAUGGUGAUCCUUAUCAUCGCCAGACUACUGUCAUAUGGAAUCAGGUGGCCACUUUUGUGUAUGAUAACCUAGGCAAGUCGAUGAUCUGUAUGGGUGACAUGAAUGAUAUCCUGUAUGAUAUAGAUAAAUGCAAUGCUAGUGUGAAUUAUUAUCGGUUGUCUUCCUUUCGUUCUUUGAUUAAAAAUUGUGGUUUCUUUG